GCGGCCCUUUGUCUGUCUGCGGCUCCCCGGCGACUGCAGCGGGACCGGGUGAGCCCUCUGCUGAGGGAACGAACACUCUGUGCUCCCAGGUCAGGGAAACAUGUCCCGUCGGAAACAGACCACUCCUAACAAAGUUCACUGAGCCAUCAGGAGCAGCAAGUAGGACCACAAGAAAAUAAAGGGACCGAAAGAUACAAGAAACAUGUCCAUGGUGAUGUCUCCACCUUGGGAUGGAAAAUCUUGUCUGUCUUAUGAUGAACGCCACCAAAUCGCUGGGACUUCUCUGUCUACCUAGCCUGCUGUGUAUCUGGAGGGCCCAGAAAUGCCAUGCAGUGCACUGACGAGGAUAAUCGGAGAGAGCGUCAGCUCCAAGGACUGGGUGAGCCAGCAGAAUGAGGAGUCAGGCUGAGACAUAGCAGACACGUUACUGAGACUUCUUCACAGGGACUGAAGUGGUUGGGAGGAGAGGAAAAAAAGGGACAGCAGGUAUGCAGCUUUUUACGCAGUUGUCUGCAGCUGGGGUCUGAUUUGGCAGGCUACGGGGCUGGGGAAGUGCUUUUUGGAUUUGCAUAAAUACCACUGUGAAUAUCUAACUGGAUGAAUUUGUGGGAGGACGGUGCCUACUUCUUCCUUGCAUGGCCACUCCACGUUAUCUUCUUUCUUGGAUUCACAAGGGCAAGCGACAGCUGCAGAUCUCCUCUCCCUGGCUUGCUUGUUGCCACCUCUUUCCAGGGUUACUUUCCAGGCUUGGCAUGGCCCUCAUUUAACCUUGCUCUCACAAGAACGUGGUUUGCUGUCCUCACUUAGCACAGAAUCACUUUGGCAUGCAGAGCGACUGGCUAGGAAGCUGCGUGGUUACAAGUCAAAACAGUUUUAAAUGGAAGUUGAUGUGCAAGGAAAUUCAAAAUGAUACAGAAACAAUGAUAAAAAUUACUAUUAUCACAAAAGUCCCAUUGUGCAUGAUGGCCAGUCCUUCUACAGUUUUAAUUGUAGUCAUUUCUCCUUUGGCAGGAUUGCAGCACAUAACUGACUCUUAAUAAUUUAAUUUUGUUUUGCUACAUGGUGCAUGAAAAACACACCUGACAAAGUGGUUACAAAUAAUACUGGAAUACUGGAAUAUACUUACUGCAUUGCCCAUUCCACAUUGAGUUGAAAAAUGUAAUGCAGUUAUGCUUUUCCUUUGGAGAUACCUUGAUUGGUUCAAUUUGGUCUUUAUUUUCUCCCGGAGUCUAAAGUAUAAAACCUCUCUAAGGAAUUCAUCUGACUUGCAGAAAAGGAGGAUUCAAGCCCAUCCAUUGCUGACACUGUCACUCCAUCAAUUAUGGGCUACUCACUGUUCUUGUGCUUGCCAAAAAUUUGCUGCAGGUGUGCUUUUAUUUUCUCUCCCUGCUGUCCCAUGAGCUGCUUUUCUUUCUAUUGCUUGUACCCUUUGCAAAUGAUGCUUAUUUUAGAACUCUUGAGAACAGCUUCUGUUAGUCAAAUUAAUUCCCAUUUCUUGGCUCUAUUUAUCAUGGUCCCAAUAUCCCAUUAAUCCCCUAUUUCCUUCCCUCUCCCUCUGACACACACAUUCUCUGCUCUUCAACAUUCCUUACGUUCUUCUAUCUAUAAUAUUCCCAGUUUGAAGGGAGAGUAUCCUGCAAGAAAUAGCACCCAGCAUUCAAAAUUGAACAGAAAUGUUACUUGCAUCAAAAUCCUUGGUUCUUAAAGGGCUCUGUGGGCUGCCGUUGUUAACUCUUUCAAUUGUGUUGUUUUUCAUUUCAGUAACCACUACAGCAGUGUGGACAACCCAGAAUAGCGAUGGGGCAGGUGGAGUAGAUCCACAGUGGUGGAAAGACUUGCAAAUUUCAGGUCCAGGAAAGGAACACAGAGAAGACCUACAUGAACAGGGACUUUAAAUUGAUGUACAAGGAGGGAAUAAAGUGGCUUAUCUCUGAGAGACCUUGCUGUUUAGGAAGGAAGACAGGGGAAUGAUACAGUUCCUUUUAAUUUUGUUUUGUGGAUUUUGGGGUGGGGGUUGUUUGUUUGUGUGUUUAUUUUCCAGAACACCUGAGAGUUGUCCUGCAUUCAUACAGUUCAAGAAGGGAAGGGCUCAGUAAAAAAAAUCAUUUCUGUCUACAAGUUGAUCCACCAGCAGAUCCUAGUAGUCAUAACUGCCCCUCUGGCACAGCACCACAGGGCUGCCCCCUACCUCCACAGCUGCUCACCUGGCGUCCCACUCAUUUACAACAUUAUGGAGAGGAGAACUGGAAUGCAAAGCAGAGGCAUUUGUAUGAUCUUUCAUUGUCCUACAUCUCUAGCUGUCUGUAAAACAAAUACAGUGACUUGUUUUGGUGUUGUGGUCAGCCUGCAGCCCUUUUUGUAUUUAAUAAAGAAACUUCUGGAGAAGAGUCUGUGAAUUCACUACUGAGCAUAACAUCUUUUACUGAUGGCAGUGAUCCUGAAGCUGUUGCCUGUCUUACUCCCAUUCCCGAUGAAUGGAAGUGUAUUCCAAGCGGGGUGGAGGUGUGUCUGUAUAUGAGCAUGUGUGUGCAGAAACAAUAAAAGUAUAACCCUGUACCUAUCAAACAUUAAAGAUCUAAAGCUUCAAAGUAGGACUUAGUCAUCAGUAGAUGAACAGGACACUCUUCCCUAAAUUCUUUUGGAGACAGUGUUGUUUAAUACAUAAGAAAUUCUGUAUAAAUUGAAGAUAGCAUUUUUAAGUUUGUCUUUCCCAAUCCCACGAUGCCUUUUUAGCUACAGGCUAGUUGAGAGUGCACAAGAUGUCAUCUGCUAACAGCACCGGUUUGGUUAACAGUUUGUGUUUCUGGCUGUAAGCUGAUAGUUCUCUGCACUGCGCUGAAUCGAUGCUAACUUGGUUCAGGGUAUGUCGUACAGAAAGGCCACUGGCAGACACGAUCGCUUUCUUAGUAGUUGUGAUUGAUGCUAGUGUUACUGAUAGGAGGAGUUCCUGCCUCAGUCACCUCAUAUAAAGAUCACAGCUUUUAAAAUCCUGCAGACUGUCUGCAUGGCCGGUCUGUCUGAGCAGGAACCUGCCUGCCAUUAGACUCCAGGCUACUGCUCAGUAGAAAUGUAAGCCAUCUGGAAGGGGAAAGGAAGAAGAAAACAAACGUGUAGCUGCUUCCACUAACAGUCGCAGUGGCGUUUGGGAAUCCUGUUUUGUAACUCUGUCACAGGUAGCACAUCUCCCACCAUAGCUUUACAUCUGUCCCGUGUUCUGCAGGUUUCCUCAUUUCACCAUACUUUGUCUUGCAAUGCUUUUUUGGUCUCUGGGCUUUUAUCCUGGUGGUUUGUGGAUAUCUGCUUCUUGGAGAGGCACUGUAAUCCUGUCAUGUCUGCUGCUCCAUGCUGCUCAGUCCCACCAGUGUGAGGCUGUGGUCCAGACAUGAAAGCAGCUCUCCAGGUUAUGAAAACAAUUCACUGCUGAAAUGACUUCUGAUGGGGGUACAUGUGUCACAGGAAUCAUGAUGGUACCUGCUGCUUUCAGUGACAAAUAGACUUAGGGUGCCCCUCAGCACCUCUCUUCAGCCCACAGCGAUUGUAUUCUCAAGUCUUCUCCACAGAAGCCUUUCUCACAUUUCUGAAAACAAAUGGUAAAUACCUUCAAAUGCUUUUGGAAACCUCCAUGGGGACGUUGGGAACUAAAACUCUUCUCCCACAGUCUCCGUGAAACUUCUGAAGGUCUUUGAAAUCUUCCAUAAAUUACUGCUUUUUAAAGCACUGAUGGAAAUUGCGAGGUAAGCACCAGAAAGGCAGUGGGAGUAUGAAUAUGGGGCAAAGCUGGCUGAAACAGUUUAGCACAUGGGAAAGUACCUGUCCUUCUAACAGGACUGGUGCUCUCUCAGUGGGAUUAAGAAUUCAAUUCCCUGGUUAUACUGAUGCCAGUUGUGGACCUAUACUAAAAGGUACAAUUUGCUUCUGAAAGCUAUAUUUUGACUUUUGUUUUAUGUGAAAAAUGCACUGCAUCUUCCUUAGCAUUUUCACAUUUAUGGUUUGAGUGGUUCUUGAGAACAUACACAUCAGUUGAUAAAUUUAAUCCAAAAGCUACCCCACUGGGAACUUUAGCACCUUGUCCCAAGCUCAUCCACUGAGAGGGGUAAAUCAUGACUACCCCCAGAACAAAGUCAUUUGUUUGAUUUAAUAUGGAAAUGAAUGGUUGCCUUUUAUUGUUAUUCUUGAGAAUCAAGAGUUCUUCUUAGCAGGGGUUGCUGUAAGAAGUUUUCUUUCAGAGAACCACAAAUAAUUGCCUUCUUUCAAUGUAUUUGCCAUCACCUAUUGAAUUGAGGUACCAGUGAUCAGUGUCUUUCAACAGAACAGAUUUUAAGCUAUUCUAAACAAGCAACUCCGCUUUCUGGGUUCAUUCCUUUAGUUUUCUGUUUUAAGCAUAUGAAGUGUCACAGAUUUACUUUAGCCAGAGCCACUCCUGGACAAGGCAAGGCAAGGUAGUGAAGCAUCAUGGAAGCAGGAGAACACCAGCUCCAAACACCAACACCUUCUUGAAGGGCAGCUUGUCCUCAGUCCUCCUGGGACAGAAGGUGGUGACAGAGCAUGUCAAGGACAACCCCUGGUUUUAGUAUCACUGUGGAGAGCAGGUGAGGUGCCAGGCACUCGGGGGUACCAUUUUUAUGCAAGUUGCCUGUUACAGCAGAGGACAGGACUUAAUGAUUUAGAAGAGCCACAUAGCACCAUUCCUGAUCUGGGAUAGCAUCGUAAUCCCCGAGUGGCUUCUUCCCAGCCUAGAGCUGUGCUGUAGUUCCAUUGGCAGAUAGCUUGAGAGCAGAGAAAGCCACCUGGCUACAUACGGCAGAUAUAUAGGACCUCACAGGGGUUUUUUGGGGAGGGGCUGGAGUGGCAUAUAAAGAGUAUGCAGACAGCAGCCUGAUGCUGAACAUUUCCACUAGCGAGACUGUUCUAGACACAGGAACUGGAGUCACAUCAGCAGGUACAAGAGGCUGGUGUUGCAGGGUAGGCAAGCAGAGAGAUUACUUAAGUGCUUUCUGAGAGGUGACUUCAGAGGUUCUGCACAGUGCAGGUGAGCAGCCCCACACCCGUUGUGUUUUUUGGCAAGCCUUGGUGGUGAAAGCAAUGGAACGGCACCAGUCUGACUCUUUGUCCUUGUGGCUGCCAGGGGAGCAAGUCUUUGCAGGGCUGGAGGAGCAAGCCCGCCAAGCCAUGAUGAAAAACAACUUUCCUGGAGCUCUUGGGGACCAAAGGCCAGCCAUUCAUCCGCUGCAAGACCCCGACUCCAGCAGCAGUGGCAGUGAUGAUGAGGAAACCACCCAGGAUGAAGCUUCUUCCCAUACAUCUGAGGAGGAUGGCUCAACGGUGAAAGUGAAGAAAGAAUUAGAGAAUGCAGAACAACCCGUGGCUGGAACCCCACCAAUGAGAGAAAAUGAGGUGCCUGAGAGUUUGAAUGCUGACCCUUUGCUGGGACUGUCACAGUGCCCCCUCUGCCAGCUGGAGUGUGGAAGCAGAGAGCAGCUCAUUGCUCACGUAUACCAGCACACAGCAGCUGUGGUGAGCGCCAAGAGCUACAUGUGUCCCGUGUGUGGCAGAGCCCUCAGCUCACCAGGAUCCCUUGGGCGACAUCUCCUGAUCCACUCAGAGGACCAGCUGUCAAACUGUGCCGUGUGUGGAGCACGCUUCACCAGCCACGUCACAUUCAACAGUGAGAAGCUGCCAGAGGUGCUCAGUGCAGAUCGGCUGCCGGCACCGCAGAGCGGGGGCCCCUCCAGUGGUGAGGGGAAAGACAUUGCCUUUCACACCCCUGUGUAUCCCGCAGGCAUCCUCCUAGUGUGCAACAACUGCGCUGCUUAUCGUAAGCUGCUGGAGGCACAGACACCCGGCAUGCGAAAGUGGGCGCUCCGUCGGCAGAACGAGCCCUUGGAAGUGCGGCUGCAGCGCCUGGAGCGGGAGCGCACGGCCAAGAAGAGCCGUCGGGACAACGAGACGCCCGAGGAACGGGAGGUGAGGCGCAUGCGGGAUCGAGAAGCCAAGCGGCUGCAGCGCAUGCAAGAGACUGACGAGCAGCGGGCGCGGCGGCUGCAGAGAGACCGGGAAGCCAUGCGUCUGAAACGGGCAAACGAGACCCCGGAGAAACGACAGGCCCGGCUCAUCCGGGAGCGCGAGGCCAAGAGGCUGAAGCGGCGCCUGGAGAAAAUGGACAUGAUGCUCCGGGCACAGUUCGGCCAGGACCCCUCUGCCAUGGCCGCUUUGGCAGCUGAAAUGAACUUCUUCCAGCUGCCGGUGAGCAACGUGGAGCUGGAGAGCCAGCUGCUGGGCAAAAUGACCUUUGAGGAGCAGAGCAACAGCGCGCUGCAUUAAGCUACAGCCGAGGACUGUGCCGCCUCUGCUGCGCCUGCCACCGGUGCGCUAGCAGGAUUCUACACUCAGGAGGCUGCUGUGGGUCCCUGGCUGACUCUCCCUGUGACAGAGGGUUCUGGUUUUCUUCUGAACAUAGGAGGAGAACAGAGCUGAGAGAUGUCUGCCAAAGUAACCCUGGUGGGAGCAGAUUCUGAGGAUACAGUCUGCUCUGGGGGCCAAGUCACAGCCUGGGAACAGAGGGAAAAUAAAUUAAUGUUCAUGUUUAUUUA